UGUCGGAGAGUCCCGGCGGUGAAACCGGAGAGGGGCCUCAGAGAGGGAAUGCAGGACUGCAAUGGAGCACAAUGCAAUACAGUGGUUGGGUGCUCCCUCCUGCCUGCGAGGCGGCUAUGCCUUCUACAAGUCGGUGAGCAGCACGGCGCAGCCCGGCGGCCCCGUGCAGGUCUGGAAGCUGGGAGAGUUUUACUACAUCCGCUGUGGACCCCAGGAGCCUGCGUGCAUCGCUGAGGUGACUCUACUAUGGGAGGACCAGACACAGCGCCACCUGCUUGCCAGCGCCAGACUGUACUUCCUACCUGAAGACACACCCAAGGGCCGCACUAGGGAGCAUGGAGAGGAUGAGGUCCUGGCGGUGAGCAGGAAGAUGGUGGUGCGGGUUGAGGACCUGGUCAGGUGGUCGUGUCCCGAGCCAGCAAGCUGGAGGAACACUAGGACCAACGGCCUUCACAAAGCUGCGCUCAGCACCAACACACCAGACAAGAGCAGUGAGCCGCUGCGGGACAAGACCGACAAUGGGCCGGUGCAGCAGCAGCAGCAGCAGCAGCAGGGGGUCAAGGUGCUCAGCUACCCGCAGUACUGCCGCUUCCGCUCGCUGCAGAGACGUAUCCAGGACAGGGCGGGGGGGCCAGGGCUGCAGGACCCCCACCUGCUGGCCCUGGGCGGCAUCAGGUUGGCGCUGCCCAACAUGCGCGUGAUGUACUGCAGGGACACCUUCAGCCACCCGACGCUGGAGAGCAACAGCAACUUCUGGUGGCAGUUCAGAUGCCCGUCUCUCAGUUUGAGAGGUCGACCUCGCAAGAGGAGAGGCCGUGACAGCAAAGACUCUCCGACCUCCAGCCAGUCAGACUCCUGGAUCGAGAGGAUGAAGGAGAACGUGAUGGGCAGCGUGGAGAUGGGCUGCGAGGGGGGCUGGCUCCCCCACCCUGAGGAGCAGCUCUUCCUCGAUCAGCUGUACACCUUCAUGGAGCGCCACGGCUCGCCCAUCCACAAAGUGCCCAACCUCGGCUUCAAAAAGAUCGACCUCUUCCUCAUGUACUCUGUGGUCAAACGGCUUGGAGGCUAUGAGAAGGUGACAUCGGAGCGCCUGUGGAAGGUGGUGUACAACGAGCUGGGCGGCUGCCCGGGCAGCACGAGCGCUGCCACCUGUACCAGGAGACACUACGAGAGGCUGAUGCUGCCCUAUGAGGAGCAUCUCAGAGCAGGAGGGCCAGAACUCAAAGUCCCAGAAUCCCCUGCAGCUCCCAAGCCCAGAGGGAUCAGGGGGAGGAAGCCACUUCCGAGGGGCCGGAAGCCAAGUGCUAAAGCCAGGGAGAAGAAGAUCAUCACUCCUCCUCGUGCUCCUGCUGCUCAGGUGGUGAACCCGGACGGCACCGUGGUAGUGAAGAGAGGACGGGGCCGGCCGCCGGGGAAACGCAACAAGGCCACACUGAUCGCCCAGGCGAAGCUGCUAGCUCAGCAGCAGGCCAAAGUCAAAGCCGCCGCUUCCCAGCAGCAAAACGCCACUCCAGCAGCCCGAGGCAGCCCAGCUCUGAGCAGCCAGCGCAAGGUGCAGCAGCCUCUCCAGAAAGCCCCGGCGCAGGCCGUCCACCCAGCCCUGCACCCUGCCAACUUGCCCCUCACCCCGGACCUCUCCCCCAUGUCCUCACCCUUCCUUCCCUUCCAGCCCAAACCAGGGAAGGAGCAGGAAAGAGGCAGUUCCCUGACUCAGCCUUCAUCUCCCGGCGUUCUGCUGUCUGUCCCGCCCAGGCCCUUUGUCGGGGGAUCUCUUGGUGGGUUCAGCCCCACCAAGGGCAUGUGUCCUUUGGAUGUGUUUAGGAGCCGGCUGGGACUCCAAAGAGGCUUGGAAAGCCCAGCGCUCACACCUCAAGACCCGGCCCAGCACCAUCCUGCAGUCUACCCGCUCCAGCCCAAAAGCGGAAGUCUGGAUACUCCUCUUCCCGGCAGUGACCAGCCUCAGCCUCAGCCUCAGCCUCAUCUUCUCCACCAUCACCACCACAGGUGCACGGGGUGUAACCUGGAUGAUGGAGCCCAAAGAGGAGGCAGUCGGGACGGGAAGAACCGGCCUCCUUUGCCCCCUCUUCGUGUCCUCCCUCUGGACCUGGACUGCAGUGUGCAGGUCCGCCAGCUGAUGAGGACUCGUCUGGGCUCGGCUCAGUUCCAGUCCUUCACCCGCCGGCUAUCUGAAGUGCUGUCCCAGGACCUGAGUGCCAAACCCCCUUGCUCUCCCAUCACCCCUCCUCCUGAACAGGCCCUGCCCCUCAAUCUCAGCAAGCGCUUCCUGGCUAAAAGACCCCCCUCGGAUGACCCAGAACCAAGGGAAACAGCGAUGAAUGGUGGCAGCGGCCCUCAGCCCUCAUCCAAAAGGCCCAGGGACAGCUGCGGGGACCAGGUGAAGGCUGAGGAUUUCAGCCUGGGCGGCAGGUCUGGAGGAAGCGGAGGGGGGAGAGCUUUGGAGAUGAAGAUCCAGGAAGAGCCCGCGGACCUGAGCUCUCCCAGCAGGAUCAGGGCCUUCCUGCUGGGACUUCAACCUUUCCAUGUCAAGCUGGAGGAGGACCUAAAUGGGGCCAGCUUGGUGAAACCCCUUCCUCCACCCUCUGAGGCCACUUCCCAGAGGACUGAGGCAGAGCACGGAGAGAGAGGUGGGAAUGUGACGAUAGAGGUGAAGAAAGAGGAGGAAACGAUUAAAACAGAGCAUGACGAAAGCGAGAGGAGUGAGAAAGAAUCAUCGCAGGAGGACAAGCCCCCCAACGAGGAGCCUGCUGCCGUCAAAGCAGAAUUUGUCAAAGCUGAAGAUGUCAAGAUGGAGAGGCAGGAUGUUAAGGAGGAGGCGGAGGCCUCGGUGGCCAGCUCCAUGGACCAAAUUGGGGAUCUUGGUGGACAGCAGAUGCCCCGUGAGGAGAAAAUGGAGUGUGAUGUGGAGGCAUCUGCUAAGGGGCUGCCAAGCCCCGUCCUGCCCCAGCCCACCGCUCUGGCUCUGGCUCAGCAAAGCUGAACGGAGCUGGUGUCCAGAAACAUUGUUGCACAUUAUUAGCAUCGUUAAUGCCAUUGUCAUUAGCAGUUUGUCACCAGAAAACUGUUAGCUUUUUUUCUGGAUUUGAGCUGGUGAAAAGCUGUAUGCCCUGGGCUUGGCUUUGGUUUCAGAUAGAAACUCUUUGGGGUCGGGCCAGGCUUCAAUUGAGGGCCAAGUCAAACCCUGAAACUGAAUACAUGGAGCAGGGAGGUGAUUAUUAUUAUUGUUAUCAUUAUAAUUAGUUUUGUUUGGUUUGUUUCCUCUUUGAGAAUUUUUGAACUUGCAACUCCCAUUUGCUUCUGUUGGAGAGUUUCCA